AGGCCCCCUGGAGCUGGGCCCUGGCAGAGCCCAGAGCUGCAGCCCAGAUCACCCAGAAUCCAUGGCUCAACUUUCUGCCCAGAGGCGCAUGAAGCUAAUGGCCCUGCAGCUGCUGCUGUGGCAAAGUGCACUAUGGUCAGGACAAGAGGCUGUUCCCCUGGUCACUGUCAGCUCUCUGCCACCAUCCCUGCCUCUGCCCCGAAGCUUCCUGCUUAAGUCCCUGGAGCAAGUGAGGAAGAUUCAGGCCAGCGGCUCAGUGCUGCUGGAGCAGUUGUGUGCCACCUACAAGCUGUGUCACCCUGAGGAGCUGGUGUUGCUGGGCCACUCUCUGGGGAUCCCGAAGGCUCCCCUGAGUGGCUGCUCUAGCCAAGCCCUGCAGCAGACACAGUGCCUGAGCCAGCUUCACAGCGGGCUCUGCCUCUACCAAGGUCUCCUGCAGGCUCUAGCGGGCAUUUCCCCUGCGCUGGCCCCCACCUUGGACUUGCUUCAGCUGGAUGUUGCCAACUUUGCCACCACCAUCUGGCAGCAGAUGGAAAACCUAGGGGUGGCCCCUCCUGUGCAGCCCACACAGAGCGCCAUGCCAGCCUUCACUUCUGCCUUCCAGCGCCGGGCAGGAGGUGUCCUGGCCAUUUCGUACCUGCAGAGCUUCCUGGAGACGGCUCGCCUUGCUCUGCACCACUUGGCCUAGACCUGAGCAGAAAGCCCUUUUUAGAUAGUUUAUUUAUCUCUAUUUAAUAUUUAUGCGUAUUUAAGCCUACUAUUUAAAGACAAAGACAAGAAAAUGGAGCUCUAAGCUUCUAGAUCAUUCUCUCCACUUCCGAGUUUUGUUCUCCUGCUUAGAGCAGAGAGAGAAGACUCUUGUGUCCUCCUGUGGAGGCCAGGGAAGGAGAUAGGUAAAUACCAAGUAUUGAUUCCUGCCACUGCUCCAGGCACCCAGUUUGUGGCAGUACCCCCAAAAAAUCACAGUGAGCCCUGCCAUGCUGAGGCACCGUCUCAGGGGGGGCCCAGGCAGCAUCUGGUCUCCCUUCUGGGGGACAAGACAUCCCUGUUUAAUAUUUAAACAGCAGUGUUCCCAAACUGGGUUCUUAUAUCCCUUGCUCUGGUCAACCAGGUUGCAGAGUUUCCUGUCCCCAUAGGAACGAAGUCCCUAAAGAAACAGUAGUGGCCAGGUUUAGCCCCGGAAUUGACUGGAUUCCUUUUUUAGGGCCCUGCUGGCCCGAAGUUGGAGUGGGGGGCAGGGGAGGCAGGAGGAAGCCUGUGGGGGGUGUGGCAUGGAGGGAAGCCUUCCCAACCACCCUCACCCUCCACCCCACCCGUCACUGUAGCCAAGCUUGCAGAUAAUAAAGAGUGGUGUCCAG